AGCUCACUCCGACAGAGUCCGAUCUCGCUCCGUAGUUAGAGGCGCUACAUACUAAGCUUCGCCUCACGUGGGUGGGACAAGGAAGGAAGGCUGGACGAACCACCACCGCCGCCACCCAUGUCAUCAUAGAAACCACUGAAGAAAACUCUCGCAAAGCACCAUGACGGACUUUUUCGACGGGCUCCUCUCUUUGGAGGAAGACUUCUACGCCGAAGGCCACGCCCUCGGCGUCGCGGACGGCGAGACCGCCGGGCGCACCGAAGGCCGCAUCUUCGGGCUCGAAAAAGGCUUCGAGAAGUUCCUAGAGCUGGGCCGCUUGCAGGGCCGCUGCGCAGUGUGGAGUGCUCGCGCUGAGCUUCCCGCUGGUGCCCCGACCAGAAUCGAGAACGCGCGGGCGCAGAAAAAUAUUCAGGCACUGGCUCUGCUGCUGACAAAUCCGCCGUUCAAAAACGAUGAGGAGUCGGUGGAAGAGGUCGAGGAGACGCUGAAGCGUGGAAGGGCAAAGGCUAAGGUCCUCGAGAGGAUGUUGGGCGAGAAGGAGGAUGUGGGCGAUAACGCUCGUGAGAAUGAUGGGUCUGGGGAACAGAAUAUCGAGGAUUUGGGGAGGAAUACGAAGACGAUUGCUGAUCUGUGAUUGGUUGUAAUCAUUACUACUCCACUGGCCUGAGUAACGUAUGGCCAAAGCAUCUUCCAUAACGAGCAACUCGGUCUCAGUAUGUAGGGGCAGUAUGUAGUAAUCCAACGAAUCGCUCUUUAGCUCUUAUCCUCUCCAUAUCCUAUAUAAACCACUAGAUAGCUUCCAAUCUCUACCAGUAGCUUCACUCGAGAACGUUCACAAAUAUGAACUUCAAAUCUACAUCGUUACAACG